AUGGACACCAAUACCUCCUCCACCCUUGAUAAACGGGCAGCUAUCACAGCUAAACAGAACUUGCAAAUCGUUCGACAAAGGCAUCAAGGAAGGACUUUUGUCAACUCGACAUCAUCGAAUGCGGAUGCACAAGAAUGGACGGGCUUCUCCAAACCAAUUUCAGAACGUAUGAAGUUCGUCGCCCAGAAGAACCCCGAGGGGAGGAAAAAGCGACGAGAGCGGAGCCGUGCCGCCUCAAACUCCACUUCGACCUCAGAGGGCAAGGAUUCCCCGGAGAAGCGAAACAGCUCCAAUGGCACUGUCCCCGAGAAGGCGCAUGAUCAAAUGGUGACGGAUCAUAUGGAGCGGCACCCAGGCUCAGACUGUUCGAGUAUAUCAACUGAUCAGGCACUUGAUCUUUCAGAUUUGUGGUCGGUGUCGGAAGCUGGUUUCUUGGAGGAUUUCGCCUCUCAAGCUGGGACCUACCCGGGUCUGGAGGCCUGGUCCCCUGAGGAACUGCCUACUCUCUGGUCGGACAAUAACAAGGGAUUUGUGACUUACUAUACAAAGUACCUCUAUCUUCCUCUCUCGCUACCGUUUGAAACCCUUUACUCGAUCACCGACUGCUCACAACAAAUUUCUGAGUCUAGCGAUUUCUUGCUUUCCGACCCGUUGGCGCUAGACUGCACACUGUCAAUCUGCGCUUUAUUUAAUUUGCUGGAAAAUGGCAAGCAAGAUUCAGCCGAGUCUCCAUUUCAUUGCAGCAAGCUGUGCGCGCUGGCAAACCAAAUCCUGAGCAGCGACGAGACUGGGUCACCCGCUAGGCAGAUGCUUAUUAUACAGCCAGUCUCUAGUCUGGCAAUUAUUGCUGGUCUCGUUGGUAAUUAUAAUGAUUGGUAUCUUCACAUGCAAGGAUUGAAGAGCCUGGUGAAUUCUCUCGGAGGUCAGGAGCGGCUGUCUCCCCGUAUGCGAACUCUGAUCAGACAAGCGGAUCUUGCGGGAGCAUUCAGGCUCGCUACCGAGCCAAUAUUUCCUCUCAUCCGUUUCACCGAAUCAGUCAGCUGUACUAUUCCAGCCCAUGAACGACAAAGGACGCGUGAGGCUAUCACACGGAACUUAUUAGGCGCGGGUGUGACUGCCUCUGUGAUAGAAAACUUUGUAGAUCUGGCUCACUUCAUCCAAGUGGUUGAUCGUGCAUUGUCAAGUGACGGACAGAUCCAGUUCAACAUUGAUACUCUAGCAGAGGACUGGUUCAGGAUCCAACAUAACUUUCUGGUUUCACCAAAACCUAUUCGAGGUCGACAGACAGUCCCGUCUUCCCCUGCAAAUGGUCAGAUCACUUUCGGUGGUGAAGAUCUUGGGCUGGAUGACUGGUCUCCGACCCCAGAUAGUGAUCUUGCUGAAACUUUAACGACGGCACUACGUCUUACAAGUCUGCUCUGCAUGGCCCUCACUGGUCCCAGAAUAGCACAGUGUGACGGACGAGAUGCAUCAGGACUCCUAAGCCUUCUCUUGAAAACCUUGUGGGUUAUUCUGCAUAACCUUCGUGCCCAGACGGCAUCGCAAAAUGCAGGCUCAAGGCCUUCCACGGCCGAGUUUUCAGUGGCAAGAGCUAGCCAAGCAUUAAUAUGGAUCUGCCUUGGCGCUGAAUACGCCUGGACGGUCUCGCAGAUGGAGGAAUGGUGCUGGGAGAAAUUGCGCUCGGAGUACGCAGUCGUAGGGCAUUUGCUGGCAGAGGUAGUUGGGAAGUUUCCUCAUGAUGUCGCUUUGUUUUCAAAAGAUGAGCCUCACCUUUCUCAAGCAUUCGAUUUUUUAAAAUUGCGGAGGCGAAGCCCCUAA